GUUUUGAGGUGACUAACCAACGAUCUACAACGAACGAUUGUUUUUUUUGGAAGCGGGUGGAGUCAAUCCAUAUCUAGAUUAGCAACAAGUGUCUUUUAAAAGUAUAAAAACAUAAUAUGGGUUGUGCGGUCAGUACAUCUGGAGAUAAAGCAGCUUUAGCAAGAUCUAAAAAGAUAGACAGAGCUCUUAGGGCUGAUGGAGAAAGAGCUGCCAGUGAAGUCAAACUUCUGCUUCUCGGUGCUGGAGAAUCAGGGAAAAGCACAAUUGUCAAACAGAUGAAAAUUAUUCAUGAAACUGGAUAUUCUCCAGAAGAAUGUGAACAAUACCGUCCAGUGGUAUACAGCAACACAAUACAGAGCUUAAUGGCAAUCAUACGUGCCAUGGGGCAACUUCGUAUAGACUUUGCUGACCCCAGUCGUGCAGACAUUGCCAGGCAGUUUUUCACCUAUGCGAGUGCCGCUGAAGAGGGAGAGUUAACUCCAGAAUUAGUGAUGUUAAUGAAAAAACUCUGGGCAGACCCAGGUGUGCAGCUAUGUUUUUCACGUUCCAGAGAAUAUCAAUUGAAUGAUUCUGCAGCAUACUACCUGAAUGCCUUAGACAGGAUUUCGAAGCCUAAUUAUGUGCCUUCACAACAAGAUGUACUUAGGACACGGGUGAAAACAACUGGGAUAGUUGAAACAAACUUUUCCUUCAAAAACUUACAUUUCAAGAUGUUUGAUGUUGGCGGGCAAAGAUCAGAAAGGAAAAAAUGGAUACACUGUUUUGAAGGUGUCACAGCAAUCAUUUUCUGUGUUGCACUAUCAGGUUAUGACUUAGUGCUUGCUGAGGACGAGGAAAUGAACCGGAUGGUUGAAUCAAUGAAGCUUUUUGAUUCAAUUUGCAACAGCAAAUGGUUUGUAACAACUUCUAUAAUCCUAUUUUUGAAUAAAAAGGAUUUAUUCGAAGAAAAAAUCAGUCGAAGUCCACUAACAAUCUGUUUUCCUGAAUACACGGGUCCAAAUACAUAUGAAGAAGCUGCUGAGUAUGUCAGGAUGAAGUUUGAAAACUUGAACAAAAGAAAAGAUCAGAAAGAAAUAUACACACAUUUCACAUGCGCCACUGAUACAAAUAACAUCAAAUUUGUUUUUGAUGCUGUUACUGAUAUCAUUAUAAAAAAUAAUUUGAAAGAUUGUGGUCUUCUCAUAUGAAAAUAUCGAAUGUGAUUUUUUAUGUCAGCACACACGCUCUUAAAAAAAUGGUAAGAUACUAUCUUUAAGUUAUUUGUAUGAUGCAUUGAUACUUGGUAUCACGUUUUAAACAUGAGAGACAUUUUUAAGUUCAACAUUAUUAUUUCUUUUUAUGCAAUCCCUUUAUAGGAUUGCAGACAUCUCAUAUGAAAAUAUCGAAUAUGUGAUUUAAAUGGUAAGAUACUAUCUUUAAGUUUUUUUGAUAGAACAUUGCUAUCAUGUUUUCUAUCAUGAAUUUAUACCUAACCACUAGCUUAUUCGCACACAUUUUACAAACAAAAGCCUAACAAAAUGUCUUCCCGGCACUUGUAUACAUAUUUGCAUCUUAUUUCUUGCAAAUUAUAAUUUCUAUAUUUUGAUAUGUGAAACAGAAAAUUGCUCUCUUAUUUAUUAAAUAUCUACAAUAUGCCAUGAAGUUAAAUAAUAUUGAUUGUUAAUGGCACAUCUAUCCAGUAUUUAGUAAUAUUAACAAAGUUUCUGCAGUCAUCAAAAUAGCAGGUACGAAACAUAUGGGAUUUGAUCACCAGCCAAUUUUAAAGAAAAAAAAAACCCAAUGGGUGCAAAUGAAUGGAAGAAAAAUGGUUAGUGCAAUAAGAUCGGCAUCUUAUAGGAGUGUAUCUAAAUUAUUUAUAAAUAUACCGUCAUAAACACGUUUUUUGUAAUUGUGUAUUUGGAAAGACCUUUCCAGAUUGAGAUAGGAUUUUGAUCUGCCAGUUUGCGUAGUUUUUCAGUGCAUUUUGGAAAGAGGAUCGAAAAGUACAUCAACUUUGCCAGGAUUCUCAAAAGUUGUAAAUAGAAAAUCCCGUAUAUUUUUAUACCAUCAGAUCCACAUUUUUAUAAGGUUCUUGUGAUACCAGAUUUCAUACUGCUUUACUAGAACGUUUAUCUGAUUAUACAUAAGAAAAUAUGUGUUCCAUUGAAAAACAAACAUGUACCUCGGAAUUGUGCAACAUCCUGUAUAUCUCCUCAUAAUUAAAAAAUACACACUUAUAAGGUGUCAGUCUUGCUUGCGCAAAUCAUUUUCGAUCAUCUUUCACAGUUUUUCUAUCAAACUACUUACCAUUUUCUUUGGACAUCCUAUAUAUACUGUAUGUGCUUAAGUGAUUUUUAUUAAAUAUGUCAAGUCUACAAUAAAUCUGAGUUAGUUUCCGUAAAAUAGUGCAAAUACAUAUAUACAUAGAGAGAGAAAAUUAUCAUGCGGAGAAAGGCCCACGGUACCCAAUGGGUGCUUAGGCCUUAGGCCUUCGUGGUAGUUGAAGUAUAUAACAAAAAGUAGGAAAAUAAUGGGCAAAAUCCGCAGAAAGGAGCAGAAAAUAGGAUAGAUAACCCGAACGAUACGUAUUUCUGCUGGUUGGCUUCAUGAGGCCCGAAACGAAUGCACGUUUGUAAUUACAAAGAUAGAUACACAUGCCCGCACAUCCGGAUACGGGUGUAACCUGAGGAUACGAAGAUGGAGAGGGAAAAAAAUCAACACACUAAGUCCACUUUUUGUUAUAUACCUUUCUCCGCAUGAUCAUUUUCUCUUUGUAGAUCCUUUGGGCUCGAAGUACCACAGCAAGUGGCUAUAACCGGCCGCAUGGUUGUGGUUAGAUGUCUUCUUGGAAAUUCGAGGUCUUUUAGCCAUUUUAUACUACAUUGUCUAGGUUGGGUUGUGGACCUCGUGUGUAGAUUUUUUUCCCUCUCCAUCUUCAUUUCCUAAGGUUACGCCCGUAUCCGGAUGUGUGGGUAUGUGUAUAUAUCUUUGUAAUUACAAACGUGCAUUCAUUUUGUGCCUGAUGAAGACAACCAGCAGAAGUAAGUAUCGCUCGGGUCACGUAUUCUAUUUUCUGCUCGAAUCCACUUUACUCCUUUCUGCUGAUUUUGCCAAUUAUUUUCCUACUUUUUGUUAUAUAUAUAUAUAUAUAUAUAUAUUCUUCGUGAUAAGUUCACUAUAAAACAUGCACAAUAAGAUCAUUCUCAAUUUGUUGUGCCUUAAGUGGUCUAACCUGCUUGACAUAUACAAGAAAAGAUGCUGCUAAAUAAUUGGUUUAGAGCUCAAACUAGAUUUUCGAAAAACACGAUUUGUUGUAAACAUUUGCCAUAAAGCAGAAAUAAAUUCUUAUGCAUUUUUAUGUUGUGUAUAUUCAUUCGUGUGAUUGAAUAUAAGGUGAAAAGGCUUCACAUCGUCAAUUACGAUGAAGGUUUGAUAAAAUGGUGGUUUACCCAAAAAUAAUGGUUUUGACACACCAGUUGUAUGUUUUGUUCAAAUGGUUUCAUUUCAUAUGUUUUAUUUAAGCCUGCACCAUUUAGCGACUGCAAUCAAUGAUAAUAAAAAUCUAUUGUUGCGUCUCUUCUUUACAUUGAACGCACUAGUACUUAAGAUUGACGUCCAAAUUGUAACAGUGAACUAAGUAGCGCGCAUUUAUUUUUUAUAUAAAUAUACAUGUAAAUGCAUUAAACAUAAAUAUUUUUCUAAUAAUAGAUUUUUAGACGUAGGAUCUAUUGUUAUACAAAUAUUCUGGAUAUACACACAGAUAUCUAUAAUUUUUUUUUUACUUUUUGAUAGAAUCGGAGAUUAUCUCUUGUAUCAGUUCUUUUAUACCAGCCAAUUCAUUGGAAUAUUUAAUAAAUUCACUAUAAAAUGUAAAAUAGAAAAAUAACCUACAUAUCCAAGUAUGUUUCCACAUAAAAGUAUAGAAUUCAGACCAGUCAGUGUAUAGAGAUAAUUAGACAAAGGUUAUGAACUAGCUCACUUUUGUGACGGAUAUAAGGGAGAUCUAUUCAAAUAUUUGGCUAUCCAAAGGUUAUUUUUGGAUAUUGAUAUCAGCUUUAGAGCAGUGAAUAGAAAAAUGUAUUAUGUUUUUUAUACAGGGUGUUCAUUUGAAAGCUUCCCACCACGGAUUUAUCGAAAACCUCUGAUUAAAAGAAAAAAACGCCCAGACACGUCAAAAGAUUUGUCAAGGGGGACAACUUUUUAACGAAAAACACUUCACCCGCGGCCCCCCAGGGACAUCCCCUUAAAAGUUUUAAAUGACAAGGGGUAUCGAGUAAUAGCUUGAUUGAAAGGUCUUGCGAAGUCCUUUAUUUUGACGUUUGAUUUUUUUUAAUCGGUCUAUUCGUAUUCAAGAAAAUUAUAAAAAUCAUUUAUCUUAAUUUGUUCAGAUAGAAAACAAAAACACGCGAAAAUAUCACUUUUUAUUUCAGUAAGUGUUCAAACUGUUGCACAUUAUUGGCCAAACAAUGAUAUAGGCGAUGUUCACAUUUUCAAAAACAUUUUGUGGAAUAUCAUGUAAGCUUUCGAUGAUGCGUUGACGAAGUUCAUCCAAACUUUCAGGUUGGGGAGUAAGCGCAAUAGAUUUUAAAUGACCCCAUAGAAAAAAGUCUAAUGGUGUCAAAUCAGGAGAUCUAGCAGGCCAUUCUAUAGGCCCUCUUUGCCCUAUCCAUUUAUCUGGAAACUCGUCAUCUAGCCAUUGCCGAACCGGAAGAACAUAGUGAUUUGGUUUUCAAUGGUUUCAGUGAUAAACGGAUUGAUGGUAUUCUCCAACAUAUCCAAAUAAAUGUCUCGAUCCAAAUUUCCAUUAAUAAACAAUAAAUCCCGCCCAAUCACUUUGUUUUCCAAACUGCCAGCCUAUAUAUUAAUUUUUAGGGGUACUGGGUAAAUUUAGUAACAAGGUCCAAAACAUACCUAUCCGAAGUUAUCUUCCCCAGAUGUCUGGCGUUAAACGUGAUGGCAGUUUGCCGAGCACAUUGAUUUUGGGCACCAAAAAUAAAUUAGAAUCAGUGGCAGGCACUCUUUCGGCUGGUGUGUAAACCAUUUUAGGGAGUAAAAGCUGAAUCAAUAAAUUCAUUUUCACUAUCCCAAGAUUGUCACAAAGGUAACUCACAGCAAAUUAAAUUCCUUCUUUCCCUUAGCAACAAAUAACUAAACAGGAAUAACAAUAAAUUCAGUUCGCCCAGGAUAUCUGCGUUAAUGAAAAGAGUGCGGAAAAUCGGGAUGUUAUUUGGUUGUUGCCACGUCUAAUCUUCUGAAUUGCUGUUUAUGUUGGUUGUUUCCAUUUUAAAUUAUAAACGAAUUGUAGGUUUGUCAACCCCUAACGGGCAACAUUUUGAACACUUAUUGAAAUAAAAAGUGAUGUUUUCAUGUGUUUUUGUUUUCUAUCUGAACAAAUUAAGAUAGAGAUUUUUCUAAUGUUCUUGAAAACGAAUCCACCGAUUUUAAAAAAUCAAACGUCAAAAUAAAGGAUUUCGAAAGACCUUUCAAACAAGCUUAAUAGCUUGUAAUCUGGUUACCCCUUGUGAUUCAUAAUUUUUAAGGGGAUGACCCUGGGGGGCAGAGGGUGAAGUAGUUUUUGGUUAAAAAGUUGUCCCCCUUGACAAAGGAUGUAUUUCAACUUUUUCACUGUAUCCAACACUGAACUCGUAUGGAGAGGUAUGUCAUGAUAAAUCACUUCAUUGGGAACAUAGUAUGGUGCUUGAAAUCAUUCGCUUGACCUUGUGGAGCCGCUGAAGGGCUGCAAUAUUGCUGUUGCUUGAUGUGCUUCAUAACUGGAUGUCCAAAUUAGUUUCAACAAAGCAUUAUAGAGUAAUAGCUUGUUAUCCAAUGACAGUUUGGGUGAACUUGUGACUUGUUUCAAUAACCUUUUUACAUCAUUUCUUUAGCCAGUCCUUAAUUUGGAGCAAUAAUAUCUGGAGAUAUUGCGAUACUAUGCCCGGAUUCUCAUGGCAUUGCCCUUAAUUUCUGUUUGUUGUAGUACGUUUUGGCUACCACGGUGGCGUUUUUCAAGUACAAUGAUCAUCAAUAUCAUUGUACUUGAAAAAGCCCGCGGUUAAUACAAUAAACAGAAAUAAAAAUGUAUAUCUAUGAAUUGGCGUUUUUAUAAAGGGAUUGAUCAUGAUCUCAUAUCAGUUAUUAUUUACGAUUUUCUAGACAAACAAUAUAUAUAUAUUUGCAUUGCAAGAUUUACCAGUACCAUAAGUUCAUAAGAACGCACUUGUUAUUUAACAUUAAGGACGUUUUAUAUUUUUAUACUUUUGUAUCUUUUACAAAACAAUAUUUCUAUCUCUAAGUUCUAAGCCAUAUAAAUGUAUAAAUAUAGAACAUAUUUUGUAAUAUAAAUAUUAUUGACAAAUUUCGA